UAUAGAUCAAACCCCUUGCUGCGUAAGACAAUCACCACGCGUACAAACUACUAGCUUAGUAGUGUAUUAGUAGUUCACCCCAAGAAAGGCUCAGUGUGCUACUUCAUUUGACACUCUGAUAGAAACAUUAACGACACACUUUCGCAUUACAAUUCCAGGCUGGUUAAGAGGUCGACAAUACAGGAGGCACCAAGCAACAACCAAGUUAUGGCUGUAUGCAUGCGUACGCGUCUCGAGUGCGGCCGGGGGGUGACAUUGAGAACAGGCCGCCAACAUUGCUGCCUAUAGUUCUCAUAUAAAUACAAACCUAUUCACAGUAUCUGGAACCAGUUCAAUCAGAUUGAAAACUGAACUCUACAAUCCCCUCCUUUCCAGCCCUACAGCAAUGCAGUUAGACGUCCUCACAAGCACCGCGGCGGAUCUCAGGCAUCUCCUAGAAGCCGGCAAAACCAGCAGUGUGCAGAUCGUACUCGCACAUCUCUCCCAGAUCGAGCGACACGAGCACAAGCUGCACGCCUUCAUCUCGGUCGCGCCCCGCGAGUUGCUGCUUGCGAUCGCGGCAGACCGGGACGAGGAACGACGCCGGGGCCGCGCACGAGGCCCGCUGCACGGGAUUCCGGUCGUGCUGAAGGACAGCUUCAUUACCGCCGGCUCCGAGCUCGGCAUAGGUACCACGGCGGGCUCGCGCGCGCUGGUGGGCGCCAGGGCGAGCGCCAACUCGGCCAUCGCGCAGCGGCUGCUUGACCAAGGGAUGAUCAUACUCGGCAAGACGAAUAUGACGGAGUUUGCAGGUAUGAAGAUGGCCGGGAUGACUCCCGGAUGGUCCUCAGCCGGCGGCCAGACCGUGUCGCCGUAUGUCGGACCCAUCGCAGAAGACGAGACACUCCUAGGGCACACGAACCCAGGAGGCUCCUCUACCGGCUCCGCCGUUGCCGUUGCGGCGGGCUUCAGCCCUCUGGCAAUGGGCACCGAGACCAUCGGAUCCAUCGUCACACCUGCCGUCCGGGCGGGUCUCUAUGCGCUCAAGCCGACGGUGGGCGUCCAAGAUGUUGGCGGCUUAUUCACCCUGACGGAUUUCUUUGACAGUCCCGGGCCUAUGGCGAAGUGCGCGGAGGAUGUUUUGGUAAUGGCCGAGAUUCUGCUCGGCCGAUCGUUCUCCCGCGCGGGACUGGGGACCUGGGAGGGCUUGGCAGUGGGCUUCCUGGACCCGGACGUGUGGAAGAUGGCUGAGGAGACGUGUCGGCAGCAUGAGGGUACUGCUGAGCAGAUGAAGGCGGAGUACGAAGCUGUCGCAUCGAAGCUUGAGGCACUCGGUUGUGCUGUCAAGUAUCCCAUUCACCUGGUCGAUGCCAGCGAGCUAACAGUUGAUGGCAUGGAUGCCAUUAUGCCCAUUGCUUUCUGGGAAUUCAAAAACAUCUGCAUUCCCCGAUUCCUCAGCGCAUUCGACCAAAGCCCUGUGCGAACACUAGCCGACAUCGUGGCAUUCAACGACGCCCAUAAAGACAACUGCCUUCCAUCACCGUAUACCAACCAAGACGACCUGAUCAAAGCCCUCAACAACACAGAAGCUGCCGCGCACAUUGAGGUUCUCAAACGAGGCCUCCGGGCGGCUGGCCGUCGCAUUCUCGACCAAGCCUUUGACAACGAGGCGGUGGACGUCAUCAUCGCGCCGGGAGACUGUUCGCUCUGCAUCCACGCCGCGGCAGCAGGUUAUCCCAUCGCUAUCGCGCCGCUGGGGCAGCUGCGAUACAACGGCCGACCCUUCGGUCUGUGCAUGGUGGCCAAGGAAAACAACGAGGAGGUGCUUCUGCGGUUCAUGGCCGCGUACGACUCGUCCGGCGUAGGGGGUCGGCGGCCAGUGCCAAGUCUGUAGGUACCUACUGACACAAGACCGACAGACAGGUACCUAAUUCUCAGGAGAUGGACGCAGAAAGGGAACUGUAGCAGUAUCUUAGUAGUCCAAUAUUCGGCGCAAUCACGCAA